AGUUUGAUAACAGCUCUAGGCCAGACUGUGAAGACUGUGAUCUACGUCCUUGUCUUGCUGUUCCUGUUAAUGUUUAUCUUUGCCAUUUUGGGUUACGGCUUGUACGGAGACCCUGAAACCGGAGACAGUAAAAACUGGGGCAACCUAGCAUCUGCCUUUUUCACGCUCUUCUGUUUAGUAACGGUUGACGGCUGGACGGACUUUCAGGAUGAAUUAGACCAAUAUGGUUUCAGUGCUAGCCGAGCCUUCACAAUAGUGUUCAUCUUGCUGGGGUUCUUUUUGUUUUUCAAUAUGUCUAUUGGAGUUGUGAUUAUGAAUAUCCAGGAUUCCACUCAGAAUUAUGAACGAGAGCUUAAAGCAGAAAAACAAGCUGCUCUUCGGGCAAAAAAACAGGCCAUAUUACAAAGACAACAGGAAGAAGUAAACAUGCUAAUGCACCAGCAGGUAGAUGCACUGAAUUGUAUUUACUUGAAGUUUAUUGAACAGCAUAAGUAUUACAAACAUAU